AUGAUGGGAAAAACAAAAGGGUUAAGAAAGCAUAUUAAUUCCUUAGCCAAAAGUAAAGUUAAAUUACCUUGCAUUAUCUGGAUUUCUUAUCGAAAAACUCUUAGUAAUGAAUUGCAGGGCAAAAUUAAUGAUCUUAAAUCAUCUGGACUCAGAAUCUGUAACUAUCAAGACAAACCAAACUUAUCUGUAAAUAAAUGGGAUAUUAUCAUAGUCCAAGUUGAGAGUCUUUCUCGUAUCGAAUUCUCAGCCCGCCCACUAGUAGCUAUUUUAAAUGAAACCAAUGUGAUUCUCCGCCAAAUGAGUAGUGAUGCAAAUGCAUGGGAAUCUGAAAACGCAAUGCCUUAUUGCGGUGAAAAUAUUCGAGUGAUUGAUAAUAAAUUUCAGCCUCUUGUAGAUAAAACUGUUAAGUAUUUUUAUGAUCCAAAUAGCGAGACUGAAGCUAUGCGAAUAGGAUAUGAGUUAUUACAGCAAGGCAAGCACGUGGCAUUUGUUCUAACAAGUUGUCAUAUGGCCCGAGCAUUAGUAGAAAAAGCCUCUAAAUUGCAAAAGCCUGAUAAUUCUCACAUCAGAGCCUGUGCUUAUUAUGGAGAUAUAGACGGAAAACAGCGAAAAAAAGACUUCUCAGAUAUAAAUACUGCUUGGGGUGAGCUUGAUUGCGUAGCCUAUAUAAGUACAAUAGAAGCAGGUAUUUCUUUCGAAAAAACUAAUCACUUUGAUGCGGUUAUAGGCAUUACAAAUAUUACAACUCCGGUUAAUAUCGAAGCAUUUAUCCAGAUGAUGUUUCGAAUUCGUAAUUAUAAAAAGCAAAUACUAUCCUUCUAUUAUCAAAAAAAUUCCAGUGAUCUUUUUCGCCCACCAGGUUACGAAAAUAUUCGUGCUGAGCUUGAGAGUGCUCGGCCUAAUAAUUUGCCUACAGCAAUAAGAGGGUAUCGUGAAUUGGAUAAAAAUAUUGUAUCAUAUAAACUUGAUCAAUCACCUGCCGUAAUAUCAUACCUUGAAGUUGAACAUCAAAAACGUUUUUCUGCAAGAAAUUUUAUUGAGAUAUCAUGCAGUCUUAUAGCUAGUACAGGCGCUUCUCUUCAACUUAUAAAAAUGGAUGAAAGCCGAGAUGUUAUAAGGAAUUGCAAAAUAAUCCGUAAUGAGGUUAGAGUUGAAGCAUUAGUUAUCAAGGAAUCCGAUUUUGAUGCGGUUGCUACUUCCCAGAAUCUCAGUCCUGAAGAAGCUGAAAAUCUUAAGUUUGACCAAGAGCACUCUAUCCCAGAUACUAUGGCACUUAAACGUUUCUAUAUGCGAAAUAUUUAUGGUGAUAAAGAUAUGAGUAAUGAUGACUGGAAUAAUCUUUGCAAAAAGAAGUUCAUAGAACGUUUUAGCCCACCUGAACCUCGAAAACAUUUUCUGCGCUUAUCUCAUCUUUUGAGACAAGGAUGCGAUGAAGAUAGUGCAAUAGAAGGUUUAGUUGCUAAAGACUUUGCACAGUGGGAGGAUAUCUGUUUUAAAGCUGAAAAUAAUUUUGAAAAAUCU